UUUCAGUACAUUUUAGUUGAAGUUUAUCAUCAUUUGUCACAGUCUCAUUUACGUUUACCUGUCAGGAUGAUUCCGGGCAAGAGAAUAGCAAUAGCUGUCAUGUGCUGGAUGAUGUGUCUGAGACUCACAGCUUCCCAGGGCUCUCUUCCAGUUCCCCAACUCAGUUUUUCAAGAUACGUGAAUGAAAGUAAUAUUCAGCUAGACACAAAAGUCGGUUUGGAAUGUUUCGUGUCUAGUGCUCCAUUUCCUAUAACUAUGUAUAUUGGCAGGUAUAAAGGCCCAUCACAGACCUUAGAUACUGCAGAGGCAUGGCAGAUCUCUGAGACUAUCAGAUAUUCAAAGCCAUAUACUUUCACCAUCACUGCUGAUUCUUUUGCAGAGGAUGACAUAGUGUGCUGGUACAAAUCCACUUAUAAUGGACAGAAGUCUGGAUUCAGUAACCCUGUUAAAUUAGUCAUAUCACAUCUACCUCCUCCCAAAGUAACUGUGCAGCCCAAAUUUUUUAGUGUGGGUGGAAAUUACACUGUGUACUGCGAUUCAACUCUCGACCAUGCUACAAACUUUUCAAUGAGUUUGUAUUAUCGAACACUCCCUGCUACUCCUCAAACCACCCUGAUCCAUCUGGGUUCACUGAAUCUCACUGGCAACGACAAUAGGAUCCUUGUAAGACAGACAAAUGCAAACAUCCAAGUAGAAUAUGUCUGCACAAUGAAGAUGUUGUACAACGGAAAAGUACUACAUUCACUGCUGUCUAAUUUUGAGGCAGCUAUUCCAGAGGAAUUACCAAUUCAGCUUGUAAGAAAUGGCCGAAGAGGUGGUUGUCUGGGAAAUCUGAAUAUCAAGCUCAGGGACAAAUGGGAAACUGUUUGUCAGAAACCCAUUACUGCAGAUUCAUCAUCUGCAGCUGAAGCUGCAGCUACUGCUAUGGUAGCGUGCAGGGAAUUAGGAUGUGGACCUGCGGUGGACUGGAAGAGGGUUGUGGAUAGAAGCAUUAGCCUCAUCACAACUGCAGGGGUUAGAUGCAGCGGGAGUGAGAAAAAGAUCAGAGAAUGUCCAACUGAAGAUCUUGUGUGCAGAGAUAUAAAUACUCUCAGCAUAUUUUGCUCAGAUGCGCUGCCUCCUCCUAAACUUUCAGUGGUUACAUAUGGUCCUGUCUCCACAUUGUAUGCCACUGACAAACAGUCUGUGAAAAUCACCUGUUCAUUCAGCUCACCGUAUUUAACAUCAUCUGACACUAUGGAAAUGGUCUUCAGACUCAAUGGCAGUAUUUUGAGAGACCCCUACAUUACAAUAAACAGCAGCAUUGAUUUUGAAAUAUUUGCCCCAGUGCCUGAAGGAGUGUACGAUUGUGUGUUCAGACUUGAUAGGACGUCCCUGUCUCACGCCAGCAAUAGCGUCGUCAUUUACAGACACAAUCCUCCAGAUCCAGUGCCAAUCAUCCUAGGCAUUCUCACGACUGUUGUUGGGGCAGCAAUUCUGUUAUAUAUUUGCAUAUUUAGAACAACAAAAGAGUUUGAGGUCAAUGAAAUUCCAAGGAGCUCCUGUGAGCCUGAGGCAACCAACACCCAUAGAGAAAACAACGUGAACUACUUACCUCAGCAGCUGUAAUCCAAUGGAAUUUCAUUUAUGGUUUACAAGCUUUGUAACUAAAGCAUAGAUAUACAUCAUCUUGACAACCUUGCUCAUAAAAUAUUAAAUUUCAUGAAUGGUGAUCCACCAGAAAUCCACCUUGCAAGAUGCAGUUCAGUUAACUCUUACAACACAAUAUAGCCUACCUGCAUACCAGUUUAUAUUUAAUUUGUUGGCUGUAAUUGAAUUAAAUGUUCAAUUGUUUAAAUUUUUUAUCAUUUAUUCUCUUGUAUGUGCUUACAUUCAUGUGCUGCUAGAUGAUGUUGAAACAACAAGAAAUGGCAAAUUAAGACAAAAUAUUUGGUCUCAGAUUUAUUGUAUUUAGAUUUCAAGUUGUUACAGAGUCAAUUGGUACAAAAUAAAUCUGGUUAAACAUGGUUUCAGUUUGUUUUGUUUUUACAAGUGGACCAAAUGCUCU